UGCUGUGUCGUCAUGUCCCUGAACCAGCCCAGCAGCAGCGACGCCUGCCUGAGCAUCGUGCACAGCCUGAUGUGCCACCGGCAGGGUGGCGAGAACGAAUCCUUCGCCAAGCGCGCCAUCGAGAGUCUGGUGAAGAAGCUGAAGGAGAAGAAGGACGAGCUGGACUCGCUCAUCACGGCCAUCACGACCAACGGCGCCCACCCCAGUAAGUGCGUCACCAUCCAGCGCACCCUCGACGGCCGUCUCCAGGUCGCAGGGCGUAAGGGCUUCCCCCACGUGAUCUACGCCCGUCUCUGGCGCUGGCCAGAUUUGCAUAAGAACGAACUCAAGCACGUCAAGUUCUGCCAGUUCGCCUUUGACCUGAAGUACGACAGCGUCUGUGUGAACCCGUACCACUACGAGCGAGUGGUGUCACCUGGCAUUGGACUGAAUAUCCAGAAUACAGCCCCUCCCGCCCGGCUAGUGAAAGAGGAAUUCAUCCCCGACUGCAUCCACAUGGAGAUCCAGGCGCCCCCGCCGGCUGACCACCCGGGUCCCGGGAGCAAAUCCGGCCACCCGCCCGGAGACCCCUUCCAGCCCCUGUCGCCGCUGCAGCUCUCGGAAUCGCCCCGUCCUCCUGUCGGCAUCUACCCUGGACUGCCCUUGUCUCCCCCAGGGCCUCCCGGGGGUCCCCUGCUCCCCCUUCUGCACGGCGAGGGUCUCCUGCAGAUCUCGGCCUCCUCCCACACCCCAGCCCCUUCCCCGGCUCCCCCGGGAUCGCAGCAAAACGGCUGCGCCCCAAAACUGGCCUACCCGACAACCAGCUGGACUGGGACCGGGAGCAACACGAGCUACUCCUUGGGAGGAAGGGGUCAGCAGCCCACCCCUCCGCCGCCCCCCACACCGCAGCAGCAGCAGAACGGGCGGAACCACCCACCAACUCCCCUCCACCACCAAAGCCAUUACUGGCCCCCACACCACAACUCAGCUCCCUACCAGCACCCGGUUUCCAGCCACCCUGGCCCCGAAUUCUGGUGUUCCAUCGCCUACUUUGAGAUGGACGUGCAGGUGGGCGAGAUCUUCAAGGUGCCCUCCAACUGCCCCGUGGUGACCGUGGACGGCUACGUGGACCCAUCCGGGGGCGACCGUUUCUGCCUGGGGCAGCUCUCGAACGUCCACCGCACAGACGCCAGCGAGCGUGCCAGACUGCACAUCGGGAAAGGGGUCCAGCUCCAGUGCCGUGGCGAAGGGGACGUCUGGAUGCGGUGUCUGAGCGACCACGCGGUCUUCGUGCAGAGCUACUACCUGGACCGGGAAGCCGGCCGUGCUCCGGGGGACGCCGUACAUAAGAUUUACCCCGGUGCUUACAUCAAGGUGUUUGACCUGCGUCAGUGCCACCGACAGAUGCACCAACAGGCAGCCACGGCUCAGGCGGCGGCGGCGGCUCAGGCGGCGGCAGUGUCUGGGAACAUCCCCGGGCCCGGCUCGGUGGGAGGCAUCGCUCCGGCUGUCGGCCUCUCCGCAGCAGCCGGGAUCGGGGUGGACGACCUCCGCCGGCUCUGCAUCCUGCGGCUCAGCUUUGUCAAGGGCUGGGGGCCGGACUACCCGCGGCAGAGCAUCAAGCACACCCCCUGCUGGAUCGAGGUCCACCUGCACCGGGCCCUGCAGCUCCUGGACGAGGUCCUCCACACCAUGCCGCUGGCCGACCCGGCUCCCGUCAACUAGAGCGGCCGUGGAGGAGCACGGGGUCUCGGGCGCCUGGCCCCCGCGGGCUCGGUGGGGCCGUCAGCACUGUGAAAGAGACCCUCGACACACACACACAACCCCCAACUCCUGUGACGAGGGGGUUAGGGAUAGAUCCCUGCAGUCCUCGAAGGGCCCAAAGUGGUGGGAUUGUCCGCCGGCCACCACGGGAGAGGUGACUCGUCCUGACCGGAGACCAGCCACGGAGUGAGCGGACUAGGAGGACCGCCCCCUGCUCAGAUCUUCGGGCCGCCAGAGACCUGUUUGGACUGCCUCCUCGUUUACCCUGCAAAGCUUCGAAGCGGCCAAAGAUUACCUGAGCACAGUCGGCAAGCGACCCGUCUCCCGAACCCUCCUCCUAAACGACCCUUGUCCUAGGAUCUUUUCUUAUGCUUUAAUAUCAGUCAGCAGCCAAAUAAUUGAAAAUGCCAAAAAAAGAAAAAAGCAAGCAGAUGACCAUUCCCCUUUCGGCAUUGGCCAGGGGCGUCUUAAUGCCCCCGGUAGGAAUCCCUCACGCCCAGGCCCUGUUGUCCAUCACUGCUGAAGAAGAAUUAAAAAGAAAAGGCCACAUCUGACAGGUUUAACCAUAGACUUCCUGGCAAUUCCUAGAGCUACUCUUUCUCACUUCUGGUAGCUCUAGGAGUUACCAGGAACUCUAUGGUCAUGACUUCCUGUAAGUGGACGAGACCUUGUUUUUCUUUUUAAUUUUUCUCCCAGGAUGCUGCCGGCCGGCCACAGCCCUAGGA